AUGGGCAGCCGACCGCGCAGUCCCACCGCCUACCCUGAGGACCCGUGGGACCCGCAGGACGGAGGACCCGGCCCUGCCAAGCGCCGCCGAACCGAGGAGCCCGCGCGCCCGAAGUCCGAGUCUGAGGCGGCGCCCAGCCUGGAUAACCUGACCUGGUCCCCGACGGCGGGCACCCUCAUCUUCGUGGCUGUCCUGCCGGCGGGAUGUGCUCUGCACGUGCUCCUGGACGACGUCGAACUGCUGCUGGAGCCCGAGCCAACGUCUGUGAGGCAAGUGUGUCUCGGAGGUCGCAUCCUCAUGCUGGUCCCCGAGGCCCUUGUGGGCUCGGGUGCGGAAGGGCCGUGGGGGCAGGGCCUAGAACCGGGCGCUCUCCUGAGCCCUCGCGAGAUCGCCUGCCAGGGAGGGGCCAGCAAGGAGGAUGCAAAUGCUGACGCUGACUUCCUGCUGGGCGAGAUGGAUGCUGCCUCAGUCCCAGUCGCUGGGCUCCGCUCUUCUGCUGCAAGUUUGACUCACUUUGACCUGUUAGACCUAGUCUCAGAGCCCUCCCCUCGGGCCUCCAAUCCUAGUCCAGAGAGAGGCUCUCCUCAGCACGCCGACAGCCUGGACUUGCACCUUCUGGAGCCCUUUCCUCCUCACCACUCCAACCUCUACCUCCUUCUCCGAGUCCAAGUCGCCAGGAGCGCCCCUGUCGCCCUCCUGGUUUUCCUUGCAAGGCCCGGAGAUGCCUGUUCCCUGAAUCCACUGCCUCCCACGAUUCCUGGACACGUGAACGGGCACCAGGGGAGAGUCUUCCGAUGUUGGUUGUGUAUAUAUUGA